GACCAAGUCAAUCCCAACAACCAUCAACGUUCUUUCUUCCUCUCUCUGCAUAUAAGUCUACCCUCAUUCAAUCCUUCACUUCGUAUUUUGAUUAAUACAGUUAAAGAGGAUCUUCGAAUCGGAUUCCAGUAAUGGUGCUGCCGCUACUGAAGUUAGGAACCUUGGCCUUGAAAACGCUCAGCAAACCGGUGGCUAACAGGCUCAAGAAACAGGCCGCCGUGAGUCCCAGAUUCCGGGAACUAAUCAUUAGCAUUGCCCAGCUGGUUGAUAUUCAUUUCACAGCUUCUUUAGUUCGUACUUCGUAUUACCCAUUGCCUUUCGGUUUAACAAUUUCUGAGCAAAACCUUUUCAAAUCAAAAUCGGUGGUAGCGGGACAAGAAUCGAUUUCUGUCGCUGAUCGGAAAUUCUGUUCUUCAGUUGUUUUCAGGUUAGUUACUUCCUUUCCACCGGAGAUGUCUUCGGCUCAAGAUCCGUUCUAUAUCGUAAAAGAGGAGAUUCAAGAAUCUAUUGAUAAGUUACAAUCUAGCUUUCAACAAUGGGAGCGAAUUCCUCCUGAUACUGGAGAGAGAGUGAAUCUCUCCAAAGAGCUGCUUGCUAGUUGCGAGAGCAUUCAGUGGCAGGUGGAUGAAUUGGACAAAGCAAUUGCUGUGGCAGCUAGAGACCCUGCAUGGUAUGGGAUUGAUGAAGUUGAACUCGAAAAACGGAGAAGAUGGACUAGCACUGCUCGUACCCAGGUAGGCAAUGUGAAGAAAGCUGUUGUAGCUGGGAGGGAGAAUGGUAAUAGUGCAACUGCCAUGCACCGAGAAUUGAUGAGGCUUCCCAAUUCUCACCAGCCUGAUAGAUCCAACCAAUACUACGAUCAAGAUAAUGAUGAUUUUAUAGCAUCAGAAUCAGAUAGACAAAUGCUGCUUAUAAAGCAGCAAGAUGAGGAAUUGGAUGAACUUAGUGCCAGUGUUCAGAGAAUUGGUGGUGUUGGACUUACCAUACAUGAAGAACUCCUUGCACAAGAAAAGAUCAUAGAUGAGUUGGGCAAUGAAAUGGAAAGUACAUCAAAUCGUCUUGAUUUCGUUCAGAAAAAAGUGGCCAUGGUCAUGAAGAAGGCUGGUGUUAAGGGCCAGAUUAUGAUGAUACUAUUCUUACUUGUUUUAUUCAUCAUUCUAUUCAUUCUGGUAUUCUUUACCUAGUCGAAGAGAAGAAUGCAUUCUCUGAUGUCCAUACACGAGAGACAGAUAUGAUCGUUGGAAUUAACUAUGGAGCUUCUUGCACACAAAAGAAUUCGCCAGUGUGAUCUUCCAGUGUUGGAUAAGUGUUAUUCUCGAUAUGCUGGAGAAAGAAAGGUCUGUAUUUUUAGUAGGUCCUAAUAAUGGUACCAUAUAUUUCGUCCUUGCAUGUGGUGUUACUAUAGUUGUCUGUAGCUUAGAUAUCUAUGGCCUAUAGAAUCCACUUUAGGAUGCAUUUUGAGCGGUUUUAACAUUCGGUCCACUGAAACUAUUUUUGUUAUUGGAUUGCUGUUGCUCGUGAUAUAGAAUCAGCU